GAGCGGAGCGGAGCGGCCGGGAUGGCGGUGGACACGCGGCUCCUGGAGGGUCUGACCCUGUGUCAGCUCAACGAGCUGCUGGAGGACGAGGAGCAGCUGCAGGGCAUGGCCCUGGGGAUGGACGAGUUCACACCUGUGACAUCCACGGAGGUGAAAAGAGAAGUUGAGGUUUCUCAAGAUGAUACGUCCACCUGAAAAACCAGGCGGAAGAUACUUAGGCCCAAAAUGUUCAGCUUAGCAAGGAAAUGACUCUUGCCAGCAACCGUAGUCUGGCUGAGGGCAAUCUUUUGUACCAACCAAAAUUGGACUCUCUGAAAGCAAGUUUGAACCAAAAAUAUCAGGAGCUGCAAGUUCUUUUUGAAGCAUAUCAGAUCAAGAAAACCAAGCUAGAUAAACAAUCCAGCAGUGCUUCCCUGGAGACACUAUUAGCACUUCUUCAAACAGAGGGGGCUAAGAUUGAAGAAGACACUGAGAAUAUGGCAGAAAAGUUUCUUGAUGGUGAAGUGUCGCUGGAUUCGUUCAUUGAUGAAUACCAGAGCAAACGUAAACUGGCUCACUUGCGACGUGUAAAAAUCGAGAAGCUCCAAGAGAUGGUGCUGAAGGGACAGAGACUUCCACAGGUUCAGCAGCAGCCUCAGCCAAGAGCACCUGAGCCAACACCAGCACCCCAAACCUCCUACUCUUCAGAUGCAAACACUCCUCCCUCAGUUAUGCCCCGGCGAAUACCACCCCCACCUCCUCCGUCAGUCCCAGCAGGACGCUUCCCCACUCCAUUUACUGCAGCAAUGGAUUCAGGACCUACUCUUCCUUAUCCAGGAGUUCCAUACCCUCCCCUUCCCCCACGAGUGGGAGUUCAAUCUGUAGGUCAAAUGCCACAGCCAGGAUACCCAUCUCAGUUUGUAUCACAGUACCCUCCAGCACUGCCCCAAAGACCACCACCUCGUCUUCCACCACAUCCUGGCUUUAUCCUACAAUGAAUACAUCAGUGCGCCUAACUCAUGUAUUGGUGCUUAAAUUUUAGUCCUUUCUCUCUCCCUCUCAGAGACUUAAUAUAGGCAAUGGAAAACCUCUGUGCUUUGCCCAAUGGAACACAAAGUUUGGGAUGCAACACGGGGUUGUGAAAUUACUCAGUAAAUGUAAUCAUUUUCUUUUCUGUUUCUUAAAAUCAGUGACUAUGUAAACUAUUUUUUGUAAGAAGGUGGUGGGGCCGAAUUUUGUAAAUCUGGCAAGUUGUGAAACAAUGCAGUGGAUUUGUUUGCAUUGUAAGUAUGCUCUCAAUACUUCAGUGAUGGUAAAUGAGUUAAGGAAAAUAGCAUACUUGUCUGACGUGGUAUUGUGUUCUCAUUGCGGCUGGAUUUUAAGCAUGGUUAAUUGUGAGCUAUUUAUAUCUCAAAAGAAUUUUCUGUGCUGUCAGUGCUGGUAUUUGGGUGGUAACCAUUGUAUCUAAAUGCUAAGCAUAAAGCUGCAGUGGAAAUGACCUGCAUUCUUUGAAAUAAACCCAAGCUCCACAUUGGUGGCUGGGUACACUAACUUUGUUCUCAGAGCCUGCUAAUCAGAAAAUGUUCGGUAGCUUAUUUUGAAAAACAUUAAUUCUUAAAAUAUUUUUAACUCCUAAAUUUGUUGUUGCUUUGGGUUUUUCACAAUAAAAAUGCGCACCUUUCACUUCUGUACAUUGUUACUUUCCUGAAAGUCCCGGUCUUUUGAAAUAAGUAACCGAAUAUCUUUCUCUAUUAGGUGAUUGAUCCUGGAAGCCAUGUAAAGAAAACUAUUUGUAGUGCCAGUUCAUAUUUUUGUAGAAACUUCACUGUCCACACCCUCUUGAACCUAGUCUCACCAGCCGCCUCCUGUUUUCCCCACUUUCCUGCCUUGCUAUUAGGGUAGCUGCUUACUUUUUGCUUAAUUUGUCCUUCUCAUGUGAUGGGUUUGAGAAGCAAUUUUUUUUUACACAAGUGUAACUUUUGAUGUUGUCUUGUGAUUUCAGGAGCCCGAGUGCUAGGCCUAAAUUUCUCUUAAUCCAGCACUGGGCAGUCAUUUCAUUUGGUGCCCAUUCAAAGUCCACAAACGCAUAUUCUCAACCUCUCUGCUCUGUCUCUUAUUUAGAGGCACGCCUUGCCCCUAGACACCAUCUUCUAUCCUACAGUGUUUGAAAUUCUUUUAAAUCUGAAAUGUACAAUUAACCUUCCCUCCAAUAGUCAAAACACUCUAGGAUGGCUGUUUGCAUCUUGCUUAAUUUGUCCUCCCAUUCCCAUGCCAUUUGGGGGCAGAAGGGGGAUCUCUACACAAGUUUAGCUUUUGAUGUCAUUGUGUGACUCCUGGAACCAGGGCCCUAGGCACAAGCCCAUGUCUUAAUCAGCCCUGAGCAGCCAUAUUGUUUGAUGACUAAUCAAAAUUCUGCAAACUCAUAUUCCCAGCCUCUCCCAUCCUCAGUCAACCUUUGCCCUUCCACUAAUUAGAACAAUGACUUAAGAAACAUAGUUCAGAAUCUGCUGCAUCUUGUAUGUGGAGGCAGACUUUCUCAAACCACCAUCUCCCACUGUCCAGGCGAGUGUUAGAUUGCUUGGAAGGCUCCAGUGCCUUUUUUCUGAUAAGGGUCAAAACAUUAUUUAUUUGAUUUUUCCCCCCCCUCACCCCCUGUUCUGUGUAAACCCUCUGACUCCCAAUUAGUUAUUUCCCCCUGAAGUUUGAUAGGUGCUAAUAAUAAAUAAUCUCAUAACAGGAAAGCCUUAUAUACAUGGCUAACUCUCCCAUUUGAAGAUCAGAGACUGCAGAUGGGUACCUGAACAGCUCCCCCUACAUAAAUCUGGAAAGGGGGGGAAUUUUGUAAACCUAGCAAGUUGUGAAACAAUGUGCAGUGGAUUUGGUUGCAUAAGUAUGGUCUCUGUAAUCUAGUGGCGGUACAUGAUUUUUUAAAGUGUCUUUUCUUGGUAUUGUGUUCCCAUUGAGGCUUCCUAUAUGCAUGAUUAAUUGUGAACUGUAAGUCUUUCACUAAGAAUGUUCUGUGCUACCAGUGCUAGGAUCUGGAUAGUAACCAUUGAAUCUGAAUGCUGAGCAUAAAGCUGCUGUAGAAAUACUAAACCCAGGUCUAGAGCUACAAGCUUGAUAGAUGGGUACAAAAACUCUAAGUGGGCACUCAGAUUAGAUUUGCUAAAGCUUUGUAAAAAUAACCAGGUAGAUUUUAUGCUUAUCAAUUGCCAACUUAUUUUCUGGGUUACAAAAUUCCUCAGAAACGAUGGCAGGGAUGAGAUAAGUGUAUUUUGAACUUUGCACUGCAUUUUAUGUACCUAACUCUUUUUCGAAUGGUAUAGCCCAUUAUUGGUAUUACUGAGAAAUAGUCCAAAAUAUUUUUAUUACUUAUUAAAUUUGUCUGUUUUUAGUACCUUUAGUGAUAACAGGACCAUUCAGGGAUACUUUGUUUAAAAAAAAUACUGUAUUGUGCAAACUAAAUACAGAUUAAUUUGAUGCAAUUUACUGUCUGAAAACAAUGCAUUAUCACAUAUGCGUGUGGCUGAUGUGCCUUAGGAUCACUACUUGUGAUUGUAAUAUUCUUACUAGAAUAUUAGCAUAUCUUUCAAAUCAAUGGCCAUUGCUUAACCCUUUGGAUGUAGGGACACUUUCUUUUAUGAAAGAUUUUUCACCUAGUACUUUAGAAUAAGGCAGUAUCUACUAUUUAUAUGCUUAAUUGCUCUGAGUGGAUGAUUAGUUUGGUUUUUAGACACUGUCACAAUGACUGACUGUUUCAGUUGUUAUAACAGUCUCAAAACUGAACUCCAGAUGUUCAUGAAAAAUGCUUGGCCAUUAAUGAGUAUUGGUGUAUGUGCAAACUGGUUUGUAGUUACUUAUGUGCUUGCUGGAUGGCAAUGUUUGGGGGGUGGGGGAAGAAGAGAGCUUUGGGAAGCUUUUGGAGUCUUAUUUUCAGAAACACAAAUUAUACCACACUAAUCUGGCUGGGUAGGGUAAGAGAUGCAGGGGCUAUUUCACGCCUCCCACCCUCUGACACUGUUUCCAACUCAUCUGUUAUAGGUAAAGAGUAAAUUGUGAUAUAGAUAGGAUGUUUAGAACCAUAUGAAUCUGUACUGUAUGUAAUGAAAGUGUUGUUAAAAUGCUAUUGGCAAGUUGGAUCCUAUAUAAGGGGAUGGCUCCAUUCUCUUGCCAAAAUGUUCUUUAAUAUACAGUGUGGUUUGAUUUGAAAUGUGUGCUACAAAUGGCAAAUACUUCUAAAAAGAAUCAGAGUUAAGGAAAGAUUUUUAUAACAUAAAAGUGGACACUGAGCUCAAAUGGCAAGGUGUAACAUGGUUUUAGAAUGCAGGUAGCAUUUUAAAUGCCCAUUUUGGAUGGUUUUUGCUUCUGCUAACCUUUUGUAUGCAACUUUGUAAAUGAUGACUUUAUUCACUUUACCUGUACUGGGUAGUUAGUGUUGAAUAGUAAUAAUUUAAGACAAGUUUCGCUGCCCUGGAAAGCUAGCUCCGAGGGGACCAACCAAUCAGUUGUUUAGAAAGGUUAUACUGGCAACCCUGUGAUACAAUAGAGUCACUGUUUAGAGUAAUGUUACAUCAUGUGACUCCAGGAGGCAGGAUACUGAGCACAACCCUAUGUCUUAAUCCAGUCCUGGGUAGCUGUAUCAUUUGGUAUCCAAUUAAAGCACCAAACCUCAUUUUCCCAAUCCCUCCUGAACCUGCCCACUCUAAACUGGAUCAAUGAUAUAGAAGCAGAGUCCAAAAUGUCUGUCUUGCUCUCUCUCUCUUGUCUGGGGUUUUCUGUGUUCCGUCCCUCAUCUCCCAGUGUCCUGAAGCUUCUGUAAUUUCUCUUUGGCUGGAAUGAUUCAUGAGCUGUCUUCCUCUAACGGUGGUAAUAGAACUUUUUAGAAUAAUAGAAUAUAGAAAUAAAAUAUUUUUUUUCUCUAUCCAAACCAUGAUUUUUCAAUAGGCUGUUUUCCUCCUAAACUUGGUAGUUGCUAGCAAUUACUAGGAAAUCUUAUCAGGAAAUCCCUUGAUCUAAAAAUAGGACUUUUGGCUAACCCUCCCCCUAGAAGUUCAGAGGCAGCAGAUUGGUCAAAGUUCUUGGCACCUGAACAGUUCCUUAGAUAAGUCCGGAAAGCGCUAAUAGAGGGGUAAUUUUAUAAGCCUAGCAAGUUGUGAAACAAUGUGCAGUAGUUUUGUUUGCAUAAUAAGUGUGGUCUCUCUGUAAUCUAGUGAUGGUACAUGAUUUUUAAUAAACUAGCAUAUUUGUCUG